AUGUCAAAGGGAGGCGGUCGCGCUAAAAAAGCUGAAUACUUCGACAAGCUUCGACGGUUGCUCGAGGAAUACGCCUCGAUAUUUAUCGUGAACGUGGAUAAUGUCGGGUCAAAUCAGAUGCAUCAGAUCCGUCAUGCGCUUCGUGGUCGUGCUGCUGUUUUGAUGGGAAAGAAUACGAUGGUGCGCAGUUGUCUUAAAGGACUGAUUAGUGAACUUCCACAGUAUGAGAAGUUGAUGCCGCACAUUAAAGGAAAUAUCGGUUUUGUGUUUACAAAUGGCGAUUUGAAAGAAACUAGAGAUUUGAUUUUGUCUAAUAGGGUUAAAGCUCCGGCAAAAGCAGGCGCUGUUGCUCCAAUCGAUGUGUAUGUUCCUGCUGGGAACACAGGUAUGGAGCCGGGUAAGACUAAUUUCUUCCAGGCUCUCGGUGUACCAACAAAGAUUGCUCGUGGUACAAUCGAAAUUAUCAAUGAAGUUCACUUGGUCAAAGCCGGGAGCAAAGUCGGUGCUUCCGAAGCUACCUUGCUGAACAUGUUGAACAUCUCACCAUUCACUUAUGGUAUGAGCGUUCUUCAAAUUUACGAUAAUGGUGCCUGUUUCCAUCCUAGUGUACUCGAUGUCGAGGAGAAGGCAUUGAUCGAUCAUAUACUAAGCGGAAUCCAAGCUAUUGCUGCACUCUCUCUUCGUAUAAAUUACCCGACUGUUGCUUCCGUGCCACAUUCACUUAUUAACGGUUACAAGAAUUUGUUGGCUAUCUCUGUUACGACCGAUUACACCUUCGCCCAAUCCGAAAAGCAAGAGGAACCAGAGGAAGAAUCCGACGACGAUAUGGGCUUAGAUUUGUUUGGAUAA